AUGUAUUAUUAAAAUGAGAAUAAUUCUGAAUCAAUACAUGGUCGAUUGAUAUCUAGAUUAAAAUCUAAAUAAUUAACAAUUUUACCUCCUGUAUUGAUUCCAAAGCAAAAGUUCAAUAAUUUUGAUGAACAUAGAUGGAUCGAUAAGAUUGUAUAUACAAAUGUCAAUGAUACAACUAAUUAACAUGAAACAACAUAACCUGAUAAUAAAUAUAAGCAAAGAAGAGCCAGUUCACUAUAUAGUUUGCAUAGUUUACCUAAAUCUUAAAGUGAAUUGUAAUUCAAGAUUAAGACUGACAAAAGACCAUCACCUAAAAGACCUAAUUAAUAUAAUAAAUGGUUUAUUCCUCCAAAUAUGAGGUUUAUUGAUUUAUAAGCUGAAACUUAAGAGUACAUCUAAGAAUAAUAUAUCUAAGCAUAAUAUCGAUAAAAAUAAUCAUAAUACAAUAAUAUGAUUAGAUAAUCUAAACAUUUAACAUAAUUUAUAAGAGAUGUAAAAUUAUUAAGAUAUUUUUAGUUCUAAAAAUAACAUAAAAGAAGUCCUACUUUCAUUCAUUAAGAUUGA